AGUCACGUGACCCAGCAUUUAUUCUGUUUAGUGGAGUUUCGCUCGAGUCUCUGCAGGAAAAAGGAACGAUGGCAAACGAAGCCAACCCCUGCCCCUGUGACAUCGGUGAUCGGUCCGACUACGGAGGGCUCGGCCAGGAGGUCCAAAUCGAGCACGUCAAAGCGUACGUAGUAAAACCCUCGGGUGCGUCAGACAAGGCCGUCGUCGUCAUUCACGACAUCUUUGGUUGGGAGCUUAACAACACUCGCUACAUGGCCGACAUGCUGGCUGCUCAUGGAUACACGGCCGUGUGCCCAGAUUUCUUUGUUGGGGAGGCAGCGUGGAGUCCAACCAACGACUGGUCAACGUUUCAAGACUGGCUCAAAGACAAGAAACCAACAAACAUCAACAAGGAGGUUGACGCUGCGCUCAAGUUCCUUAAGGAGACGUGUGGGGCCAAACGCAUCGGAGCCGUGGGGUUUUGCUGGGGAGGCGUCGCCACACACCACCUGGCCCUGCAGUACCCAGAACUCAAGGCUGGAGUGUCCGUUUACGGAAUAGUCCGUGAAGGAGAGGACAGAUAUGAGCUGAAGAGCCCGACGCUGUUCAUCUUCGCAGAAAACGAUAGCGUGAUCCCUCUGGACCAGGUCCGUGCCCUGGAAGAAAACCUGAAGAAGUGCACCGUGGACUUCCAGGUGAAAACAUUUCCAGGACAGACUCACGGCUUCGUGCACCGCAAGAGGGAGGACAUGAACGCCGCCGACGAGCCCCAGAUCCAGGAGGCCAGAACAGACAUGCUCAACUGGCUCAACAAGUACAUGUGAAACAGCUCGUGUCUGCCGACGCUGCUGAGCAAACUCUAUCCAUCAUCGUUAAUGAAAAGGUGCUUUGGAGACCGUGUCAAGUUAUAUUGUUAAUUCCAGUUAACACUUGAGGUUUUUAGACAAGUGAUUAGAAACGUUUCAGUGUAGUUUCUGUCCUGUCAACGACCACCAAACCACGUUUUAGCUCAGUGUCUGUAAAAUCCUGAGCCGUUUUUUUUGCAGGCUAAGAUCAAUGAGCUGAACGGCCAUCUUGAACUGAUUGACAGUAAUAAUGGUCUACCUUUGCCAACAUGUGAAUAAAUCUGAUGUGGAC